AUGGUACAAGAUAUUGGCAGCGGCAGCGGCAGCGACCCUGCCCCCGCGUCCUCCGAGCCCAAGCCCGCCACCAACGGCACCCUCCCUUCUUCGAAGCCGCACGACGCCCCCGCGCAUCCGCUUUCCGAGGUCUCGCGCCAGCUCAACGACAAGAUCAAUGCCUUUCUCGCCGAGGAUACAAAGGACCCCAUGCUCCAGAGGGUCCAGGCCCAGGUCCGCGUGGCCAUUGAGGUAGUGGAAGAGGCCUACCGGAGAUUCAGACCCGAGCAAAUCUCCCUCUCCUACAACGGCGGCAAGGACUGCCUCGUGCUCACAAUCAUCGUCCUCGCCUGCCUGUCACGACGCUCCGCCGAGACGGCCUACCCCGCCACCUUCCCCGCCGUCUACGUCGUGUCGCAGCACCCGUUCCAGGAGGUCGACGACUUUGUCGCCUCCACGAGCGCCGAGUACCACCUGCAGGUCUCGAGCUACCACGCGCCGAUGCGAGAAGCCCUGACCAUCUACCAGGCCGAGAACCCCAAAAUAGAGGCCAUCUUCGUAGGCACCAGACGGACGGACCCAUUCGCGGAGAAGUUGCAGCAUUUCGAUCCGACAGACGCAGGCUGGCCUUCGUUUAUGCGGGUACACCCUGUGAUUGACUGGCAUCUCGGUAUGUUUGGCUGGCGGUUUAUUAGACACCUCAACAUCCCAUACUGUGAAUUAUACGACCAAGUAAGCCCAUCGAUUUCUACACAUGGAGAGAACACAGCUCCCAGGUUUCUCAAGGAUAUCUCGCUAACUUUAUUCAAGGGAUACACCUCACUAGGCGGUAGACUGAAUACACAUCCAAACCCUCUGUUAAAGAAGGAGGGAGAAGCAGGUUUCCGGCCUGCAUAUGAACUUGUAGAUGACAACGUGGAACGACUAGGUCGGGAUAGAUAA